AUGGACGCAGGCGGUCUUGCUCACAUGACACACAACUCUUUGAAUGGCGGCACUCUUGGCGUCCCCGGUUCUGGUUUUGCUUCUCGCGGGAAAGGAUCUCACAUUAAGCGCCUGAGCGUUACUCCCCAAGUCUCAACGAUUGAUGAAUCAAGACCUUCUGCUGUCGCCACACCGCGGACCAGUCGUUCUCAUCUUCUUGCUGGCUUGAGGACUGCUCCCAAAUCCGCAACUAUCCCAUCUCAUCAACAAUCUCAGGGCCUUGGCCGUGUUGGCCUAGAAGGAAGCCGCUAUGGUAUCUCAAAUAGAGGUGGCGAUCGAGUUCCCCAAACUGCCAUUGGCAGCACCUUCUCACACCGUUCAUAUGGACUGGAUUCGCAUAAUUCAAACAUAAAGCUUGGCUCUGGUCGCCCCAUGUAUUCGCUUCCGGAACAGGUCCUAGCACCUCCUGCUAUUGACAUAGGGGACGGUGAAGGAAUGGAUGAGAAGGUAUACGCUGAACUGAUGUCUACCAACUUGUUUCUUGCUGCCCAGCAGCAGCGCCUCCAGCAACAGCUUCUCAGCGUUACCGCUGCUGCACAGCAGUUUCAAAACUUGAACCUCGGCGGAACUCCCCUGAACCAGCAGUUCCACCAACAACAACAACAUCAGCAGCAGCAGCAGCAAAGUCAAAUUCCGUCUUUCGUUCCAGGAAUGAGUAUGUAUCAAAUGCAGUUGCAGCAAGGCAUGCAGCCUAUUGUCCAGCCAGUUGCUGGUCAGCCUGGCCUCUAUUCAGUCUUUAAUCCGAUGACCGGCCAACAAAGCUUCGUUUUUGACAACAACAUAACAUCUCCAGUGGAGGAGGAUCCUCUUCCAUCUUACAACGAAUCUGUACAGUCACCUUAUGGAAAUUAUCCACCACCGUUCCAUGCCGAGGUCUCUCCUCCCCCGGAAUCGAGCCAUUCCCCGGCUCACAUUUCGUCUCGCUCAGUGUCUCCCAAAGACCUCCCAUCUCCUCCCCCGGAAGUCGCCCCUCUUCCGCCUCCUUCUGCAAACGCUUUCCGACGUGGUCAUAAAAAGACGCCUUCGUUUGCUCCUGGUUUGAGGACCAACACCGACAUUGCACGUACCGGAAAUGUAGGACCGCGAUCCGCUGGUUUCCCCCAGACCCCCAUGACUGGAACAUUUGGACCUGGCCAGGGACGCGCUGGUGAGCACCCUAUUCGUCAGCCUCGCGGUCCUCCAUCUCUGGAGGAGCUUGUUGCGAAGCCUACCUCGAAAUUCGAGGGCAGCAAGAAUUUCGCUACUCGUCAACGGCGACGUGCCGUUCACAACUUGGUACGAGCGGGAAUUGAGCGACGCGGCGAGUCCAGAAGCAAUCACGGCAGUGGGGGAAGUAACACCCCAGCCAGCGAGACUGAGUUUAUCUUUUCCGUUUCCGAUGAAGAUGACAGCAGCCGUGGCAGCGGCAGCGGCAGCCUUUCGAGCAAACCCAGCCUUGGAAGCCUUCGUGCUUUCGCUAACGGCGCUAUCGGCUCGGAAAUGAAGGAAAAGGACCGCUCGUCACGCGAGCGAGGCACUGUGGAGAAUUUGUACACACUCUCAACGCCUUCGGAGGAAGGAUUCCCCACCGUUAUGUCACCUAUUGAACCACCAUCUACGGCUGCUAUUGUUGCUGGUCACCGAUCCGCUUCUCAGAAUACUGAGCGACGGAAGACGCCUAUGCUGGUACUGUCCAGUGCCGAAAAACGCAAAAGUCCAGUUGCCUGA